UCCGUGUUAGCCCUUGGGGAGGUUGUUCGGCGGGGCGCGGGGAUCCCUCGGAGCGGCCCCGCUCUCUCCUCCCGCCCCGCAGCACCGCGGCCCCGCCCCGCACAGCCCGGCGCUUCUUCCCGCUGCCCGGGGCUCCUGGAUCCGGGGAUGGAAACCAUGCCUCUGAACGGGGCUCCGGCGGCGGCUGAGCUUAUUUUCUACGUGAAUGGAAAGAAGAUAACAGAGAAAAAUGCUGAUCCUGAACAAAUGCUGUUGUCUUAUCUUCGAAAGAGGCUCCGUCUUACAGGAACAAAGUAUGGCUGUGGAGGAGGUGGCUGUGGUGCCUGCACAGUGAUGGUAUCAACUUAUGAGCCAGCUUCAAAGAAGAUACGACACUAUUCAGCCAAUGCAUGCUUGCUUCCCAUUUGCUCCUUAUACGGUGCAGCAGUGAYUACAGUGGAAGGUGUUGGAAGUACAAAAACCAGGAUUCAUCCAGUUCAGGAAAGACUUGCCAAGUGCCAUGGCUCCCAGUGCGGUUUCUGCACGCCUGGAAUGGUGAUGUCCAUAUACACUUUGCUAAGAAAUCACCCAGAACCAACUUCAGAGCAGAUGACUGCAGCUCUGGCUGGUAACUUGUGCCGCUGUACUGGAUACAGGCCAAUCUUAGAUGCCUGUAAAACCUUCUGUAAGGAAUCCAGUUGUUGUCAAAGGAAAGCAAAUGGAAAGUGUUGCUUGGACCAGGAAGAUGAUUUAUUUGUCAAUGAAGAAAAGGUCUCCACCAGCCUGUUUUCAACAGAUGAAUUCCAGCCCUUAGAUUCCACCCAGGAGCUUAUAUUCCCUCCAGAACUAAUGAGAAUGGCAGAAAAUCAACCAAAAAGAACUCUGGUUUUUCGUGGGGAGCGCGUGAUGUGGAUUUCUCCUGUAAGCUUGGAUGARCUACUGGAUCUGAAAUCUGCCCACCCUAAAGCACCUCUUGUWGUUGGGAACACCAGUGUGGGACCUGAGAUGAAAUUUAGAGGUGUGCUGSAUCCAGUUCUUAUUGCUCCUGCAAGGAUCCCAGAUCUGAAUGUGCUGAAAUACACAGAUGAUGGAUUAACUCUGGGAGCUGCCUGCAGCCUCUCUCUAGUGAAAGAAGUCUUGAAAAAUGCAAUCACAGAAUUCCCUGAAGAGAAGACUGGGGUUUUCCGUGCUGUUUUGCAGCAAUUAAGAACUCUGGGAGGAGAACAGAUAAGAAAUGUUGCUUCAUUUGGUGGAAACAUCAUAAGUAGAAAACCAACUUCAGACUUGAAUCCUGUUCUGGCAGCCAGCAACUGCAUGCUCAAUUUGGCUUCAAGAGGACAAAAGCGACAGAUUCCUGUGAGUGAUAUUUUUGCAGAUGGAGUUGGUAACAAUACCAUUACACCAGAAGAAAUCUUAGUCUCUAUCCACAUUCCCCAUUCUAGGAAGGGAGAGUAUGUCUCUGCAUUUCGACAUGCACCAAGACGGGAAAAUGCUCUUCCAAUAACCAAUGCUGGAAUGAGAGUCCUUUUUGAAGAAGGUACAGACAUUAUAAAGGAUUUAAGCAUUUUCUAUGGAGGUGCUGGCUUGACAACAGUCUGUGCAAAACAAACCUGUGGGACACUUAUUGGAAGACACUGGAAUGAACAGAUGUUGGAUGAAGCAUGCAGACUAGUUCUUAAAGAAAUUGCCUUUUCAGGAUCAGCUGGUGGUGAAAAUGUAGAYUAUAAGAAAACUUUGAUGGUCAGUUUCUUCUACAGAUUUUUCCUGGAAGUAUCACAGGCAUUGGAGACAAUGGAUCCUUGCCACUAUCAUGGCAUACCUAUGGAAUAUAGGAGUGUCCUACAAGAUUUCAAAACCAGAAUGCCCCAGAGUAUCCAAAUAUACCAGGAUGUAGAGCCGAGUCAGUCUCCCCUGGACCCUGUGGGACGGCCCAUUAUGCACCAGUCUGCCAUACAGCACGCCACUGGUGAAGCAGUCUACAUUGAUGACCUUCCUUCUGUGGAUGGGGAGCUUUUCCUGGCUGUGGUCACCAGUUCCAGAGCUCAUGCUAAGAUUGUAUCUAUUGAUACAUCAGAGGCUCUGAAAGGAGYGGGUGUGUUCGAUGUCAUAACAGCUCAUGAUGUGCCAGCUGCAAAUGAGUUUUACUUUUCUCAUGAUCCAGAGAUUGUAUUUGCAAGAAACGAGGUGAUUUGUGUGGGUCAGAUUGUCUGUGCUGUGGUCGCAGAUUCAGAUGUUCAUGCCAAACAAGCAGCUGCAAAAGUGAAGAUUGAGUAUGAAAUGCUGGAACCAGUAAUUUUAACAAUCGAGGAAGCUAUAAAGCACAAUUCGUUCUUUGAGCCAAAAAGAAAAUUAGAACAAGGAAAUGUUGAUGAAGCAUUUGAAAAUGUUGAUAAUAUGAUUGAAGGGGAGAUUUGCAUUGGGGGGCAGAAACACUUUUACAUGGAGACUCAGAGUAUUCUUGCUGUUCCAAAAGGAGAGGAUAAAGAAAUGGAUAUGUUUGUGUCAACACAGCAUCCAGCAAUUAUUCAGGAGAUUGUGGCUGCGAGUUUAGGUGUUCCAGCCAACAGGAUCAUGUGCCAUGUUAAACGAGUUGGGGGGGCUUUUGGUGGRAAAAUCCUGAAAACUGGCUUGCUGGCAUCAGUGGCUGCAGUGGCAGCAAACAAAACCAACAGAGCAGUCCGUUUUAUUCUGAGCCGAGGGGAUGAUAUGGUAAUCACUGGUGGCAGACAUCCUUUUAUUGCUAAAUAUAAGGUUGGCUUCAUGAACGAUGGUAGGAUCAGAGCUGUGGAUGCCAAAUAUUACAUUAAUGGAGGAUGUACCCCUGAUGACUCUGUCCUGGUAACAGAAGUAUCCUUAUUAAAAAUGGACAAUGCAUACAGGAUUCCCAACUUGAGAUGCCAGGCAUAUGCCUGCAAAACAAACUUGCCAUCAAACACAGCAUUCCGAGGCUUUGGCUUUCCUCAGGCWGGACUGGUGACAGAAACUUGGAUARCAGAUGUUGCAGAUAAAACUGGUUUAUCACCAGAAAAGAUUAGGGAAAUAAAUAUGUAUAAGAAGAAUGAGCAGACACCCUACAGACAAGAACUUGAUCCACAGAAUUUAAUACGAUGUUGGGAUGAAUGUAUGGAGAAAUCUGCAUACUACAGUAGGAGAACARCUAUCAAUGAAUUCAACCAACAAAAUUACUGGAAGAAAAGAGGGAUUGCCAUUGUACCAAUGAAAUUUCCAUUUGGACAAGGGACACCUUACCUUUCUCAGGGUGCUGCACUGGUUCAUAUUUAUACUGAUGGGUCUGUGCUUCUGACACAUGGUGGAAUUGAAAUGGGGCAGGGUAUUCAUACAAAAAUGAUCCAGGUGGCUAGUCGGGAGUUGAACAUCCCCAUGUCAUGUAUUCACUUCUGUGAAACGAGCACAACAACUGUUCCCAAUGCAUGUGGCUCKGUAGGAUCUGCAGGGACAGAUGUCAAUGGCAUGGCUGUGAAGGAUGCUUGCCAAACUCUUCUGAAACGCCUGCAGCCCAUCAUCCAGAAGAACCCAACAGGGACCUGGAGUGAUUGGGCUAAAGAAGCUUUUGAACAGAGUGUGAAUCUUUCAGCUACUGGCUAUUUUAGAGGUUACAAUGAACACAUGGACUGGGAGAAAGGGGAAGGACAGCCAUUCACAUAUUUUCUUUUUGGAGCUGCUUGUUCAGAGGUUGAAAUUAACUGUCUAACAGGAGAUCACAAGAACCUCAGAACAGACAUUGUUAUGGACAUUGGAUGCAGCAUAAACCCAGCUGUGGAUAUUGGACAGAUUGAAGGUGCUUUUGUUCAAGGCAUUGGACUGUACACCAUGGAGGAGUUAAAGUAUUCUCCAGAAGGGGUCCUCUGUACUCGGGGUCCAGAUCAGUAUAAGAUCCCUGCUGUUUGUGAUAUUCCAGAACAGUUUAGUGUUUCCCUGCUGUCAUCUUCCCAAAAUCCUCAUGCCAUCUAUGCAUCCAAGGGGAUAGGUGAGGCAGGAUUUUUCUUGGGAUGCUCUGUGUUCUUCGCUUUGAGAGAUGCAGUAACUGCUGUGAGGAAUGGAAGGGGACUGAACAAGACCUUUGCACUGAACAGCCCUCUGACUGCUGAGCAAAUACGGGCAAGCUGCRCUGAUGCCUUUACUGAGAUGAUGGCAAACAAUGAAGCUGCUCCCUCYGCUCCUGGGACCACAUCUGUGUGAAUGACAAACCAUAGUGCACAAGACYGGAAUGGAGAACUGAUUUACUACCCCAAGACACACAAAUCAACACUCAGAUAAAUGUAUUUUCUCUUUUUCCAAAUAGAAUUAGCAAUCAAAAAUAAGCACUUUACAUGUUCCAUCCUUAUCUUCAUUUUUCCUCCAGUAUACUCAUUGCAGUAUUUUGCCUAAAUGAGUGCAUUUAGUUGUUAGAAAUAUACCUUCUGCAUUUGAACCAUAUAUUUUCAACAAGAAAGAUCUGCUGAGCAGCACAGCUCAAAUGCUGCAGGAGAGGAACAUUAGGAUGAAAUGUAAACAUAUGCUAGAUAGCUUACUGCCAUGAAUUACACUAAAUAACUUCAUAUGAUAMAUUAUUUUGUAAUGGCUUCAGCUAAUUUGUUAAUUUACAUUUGAGUCUUGCARUGAAGUGUGAGUGCAGAGAACUUCGUCAAAGAGUCAGAACCUUGUUUAUUGAAUUCAGAACCUUUUUGAUCAGAAGUGAUGCUCUGACCUACAGUAAAGCUGGUUUACAUUUUUUGGCACAGAUAACUUCAUGUUAAAAACAUGGAAGAAACAAGAGUUACAAUACUCUUUUGCAAUGCCAGGCAAGUUGACACAGCUGACCUAGAUAUAUAGAAUUCUAUCCCGAAAAUUGACAGAGUUGUAAUUUCCACCAGAAGCUUUCUUUAUUUCAUGAAGUAAGCCAAAAGCCUCUGAACAUAAUGGGAAAAYUGACAUGGAGUUCAGUGUGCUUUGAGUGGGAGAAUGGAUGAACCUUAAAAGGAUUCUUAAGCAAUGCUUAAUCUUGUGCUCAGCCAUGAAAGUACAGUUAGGAGCUUUCUUCCACUCUUGGCCGCUGCUGAAAUAAAGAAGACAGAAAAAAAACAUAAUGAGAUCAAAAGAUGAUCUGCAAAAUCAGUCAUCUGAUGCUGCUAAUGUGCAGUGGAAUUAGACCACACCCAAGCAGCAGCAGCUGGAGAAAACAGGAAAAUAUAAAGCAGCACUGUAUCCAAUGGUAACAAAUAUUCUGGUGUUAAUAAAUUUGAAGCAUCUAUGUAUUUGUAACCUAGGGUAAGAYCAACAUAAAACUUCAAAGUUAUGAGAGCUUCAGUCUCAAUAUUCAGUUUUCAGCAUCAGAAUCCACAAUAUUGAACUCACUGAUUGCUUUAGCCUUUUCUCCUCAUCGAGUGCAAAGACAAAGAUUUCAGUUCUGAAUAUGCACACACACAAAUACACAAAUCUCCAUGGUAUUUGUAUUUGGGGCUUUGAUCUGGGAUACAUCCUAGUGUAGAGAAAACACUUCACUUUUUUAGUGAGUCUACAAAAGUUACAUAAGUUAGCACUUGAAAAACUGCAUCAGGUCCUUUGAUAAGAAAACAGAAAUGGGAAAAUUGGUAGUUUAUAUGUUCAGUGUGUGGUUUCAGUGAAUCUCUGCAUCAGUUAUUCCUUGCUAAGCAUGGUGAUUGCUCUUCCAGUUACUCAUAGGUCACACUGCUCCAGCACUAGGAAGACUGCCCUUUAUAUUGGAAKUAAAUGGCUUUAAUUUGUUUGACAUGUAAGCCUGCAGGCUCUUAUUAUUUCACUGCCUCUYGGUGUUCCACAAUUUCCUCUUGCCUUCAUUUCCUUCUAUGAGCUGAUACUGUAUCUGUCACAGAAAUCAGGUCAGAAGCUUAAACAGCUGYUGCAUUGGCUAUUAAGAUAUGAAAUCUUUAUUGUUUCAGUUUUCUCUCUGUAACCACUAUGAGCAGGUGAAAUGCAGGUUGCUUAAGCAUAGGUGUCUAAACCAUUAUAGAGGUCAUAAGACAGCAGAGACACGGGACAGGAGAGCACAGGACUGGAAGAUGUGAUACAGCAACUGGAGACCAGGCAGGUACUAGUAAUUGUAAUCAUUGGAAGUGGUACUGAAAAUGUGAUUUAGGCAGCUGAAGCCCUUUUUCAUUUUUGUUUC